AUGGUUCAAUCCUCGAAGCACAAUUGGGUCGUCGCCCAUCUUAUGUAUGGAGAAGCAUUUGGUCUGCCUGUGAGCUACUCAAGGAGGGGUUACAGUGGCAAGUGGGUAAUAAAAGACAAAUUCGUAUCUGGAAGGACAAGUGGCUACCUCAAGUUAUCACAAAUCCCGCUAGAAUCCUUCGAGGAGGGCUUAGUGAAGAAGCUAAGAGCAGAGGCAGAGACUACGGGGCACGUUUUGUGGGGAUGUCCAGCUGCAAAGGCUAUAUGGAGUAUGUGUGGAAGUAAGAUCAAAAAACGAUGUAUUGCAAAUGCAGAGUUUGUGUUUAUUGUUGAGGAGUUUCAACGAUAUGUGGAUAUGGAAGACAUGGAGCUCAUAGGAGUUGUGGCAAGGAAUUUGUGGCUAAGACGGAAUGCAGUGGUCUAUGGGAAAACAGUUAGUCCUUCAUCUUUAGUGGUAAGUAAUGCACAUGAAUCAUUGGUGGCUUUUCAUGAUGCAAAUUCUAUAAAAUCCUCGGACCAAGUGAUAGAAACUCCGGAGAUUCAUUGGAAAGCUCCCUUGCAUGGUUUUAUCAAGGUCAAUUGGGAUGCUACGAUGGAUAGACAUAAAAUGAAGAUGUGUAUUGGUGUUAUUAUUAGAGACAACAUGGGUGAGGUACUGGCUACGCUAUAUGAGCCAAGAGAUUACAUAAUUGCCUCUGAUGUUGUUGAAGCCACGACGGCGCUGAGGGCAGCCAAAUUUAGCUGUGAAUUGGGUUUCUAUAAGGUUGUUCUAGAAGGUGAUGCUCUCUAA